GAUUGGCUGACACGCCUGCAGCCGCACCGCCCCUCGGAGACGAGAGGAGAGCUGGAAAGAUCAGGCUGGGAAACCAAGCGGUCAAUCUUUCCUCCCCUUUCCCCGCCGACUGCUGAAGGAGGCGGCGCAGUCCUGCUGCAGAAGAAAGAAAGAAAGAAAGAAAGAAAGAAAGAAAGAAAGAAAGAAAAAGAAAGAGAGAAAGAAAGAAAAACACAAAACAAAAGCGAGUGAGAUUCGAGUAGCAUCCAGGCUCUUUUCGUGGAGAUGGAGGUUCCCGGCUUGGCGCACAACAUCACCAGUCCUCUGAGUCCGUGCGAGGGGAUGAUCAAAAACCUGAGCUUGGACGCCAUCCAGUUAUGCGAGCGAGAAGGAAACAAGUCCCAGGACAGUGGCAUCUCGGCGAUGGAGGACCUCCCUGUUCCCCAGAACAUCAAGAUCAGCAGCAUAACCUGUGACUCAUUCAAGAUCUGCUGGGACAUGGAGCCGCGCGCCAAGGAGCGCAUCACGCACUACUUCAUCGACCUGAACAAAAAGGAGAACAAGAACUCCAACAAGUUCAAACACAAGGAUGUGCCCACCAAGCUGGUGGCCAAGGCAGUGCCCCUGCCCAUGACUGUGCGGGGCCACUGGUUCCUGAGCCCACGCACAGAGUACACCGUGGCCGUCCAGACUGCAUCCAAGCAGACCGAUGGGGAUUACACCGUCUCGGAGUGGAGCGAAAUAAUCGAGUUCUGCACUGCGGAUUACUCAUCAGUGCAUCUUAAUCAGCUGUUGGAGAAGGCAGAGGUCAUUGCCGGUCGUAUGCUGCAAUUUUCCGUCUUCUACAGGAACCAGAACAAGGAGUACUUUGACCACGCCAGGGAGGUGCAAGGGAACCGCAUGCUGCCGUCAGUGAAGGACAACAGCGGGAGCCACGGCUCGCCCAUCAGCGGCAAGCUAGAGGGCAUCUUCUUCAGCUGCAACACAGAGUUCAACACGGGCAAGCCCCCCCAGGACUCGCCCUACGGCCGCACCCGCUUCCAGGUGCAGGCAGACUCCCUCUUCAACCCUGACACCAGCCUGUACUUCGGGGACUUCUACUGCAUGUACACGGCGUACCACUACGUCAUCCUGGUGCUGGCGCCCCGAGGCUCGCCGGGUGACGAGUUUUGCAAGCAGCGGCUCCCGGCGCUCGACAUUACCAACAACCGCUUCUUGACGUGCACGCGGGAUGAGGACAGCGGGGACCUGGUGUUCCGCCACGCCCAGGACGUUAUCCUGGAGGUGAUUUACACGGAGCCCGUGGACCUGGCGCUGGGCACGGUGGCUGAGAUCAGCGGGCACCAACUGAUGAGCAUGUCGACGGUAAAUGCAAAGAAGGACCCCAGCUGCAAGACCUGCAACAUCAGUGUGGGACGUUAG